CGUUCCCUCUCUUCCUGCACUUUGCAAAUUACUCGCCGCUCAGGAGCCGCGGAACCAUUUUCGGUGUUUGAAACGCUGUCUUAUUCCUCCCCGCACUCUUCGACCUCACCUAUGGAUGAUGUGCUCGCUCUGGGUUUCAAUGAUAUUUCAAGCGAGUGGGACAAGGCAAUGAAUGUUGACGACAAGCUUCCCGGUUUGGACUUUGACUUGUCAGGUUCGUCAACCGAGAGCAGCAAGUCUGAUCGAGGCUUCUCGCCGUCAGCCGUCCUAACCCCUCCUGAUUCACAAAUGGGUUCUCCUGUCGACAAUAACAGCGAAAGGGGUACCUGCAUAUCUGUCUCGACCACCUUUUACCCACAGUCCGAAGGCGACGAUGCAAACGUUCUCAUUAUUCUCGCGUCCGAUUCUGUAUUCUUCUACGUUAACUCGAACCUCUUGAUAUCUGCGUCCCGCAACGGUUUUAAUAGUCACCUCCCGAUUGCGCGUGAGAAUGAUUCCGACCCCAUUCUCAGUCUACCGGAAACUUCCGCCGUUCUAAACAUUCUGCUGCAUACGAUCUAUGACAUGUCUUGCGCACAUUACUAUCCGUCUCUAGCAGAUCUGUCGGCUGCAGUGACCGCAUGCAAAACCUACGGUAUUCCUCUAAAAAAAUAUAUCGCGGCCGGAACUCCUUUGUCUCAAGCACUUCUUGCCUAUGCGCCUACCAAUCCACUGGAAGUAUACGCACUUGCUGCGUCCCAUGAUUUGCUGGACCUUGCAGUCACGACCUCUUCGCACCUUCUUUCAUUCCAGCUACCUACGUUAACCGAUGAGAUGGCGGUAAGGAUCGGCCCUGUCUACCUGAAGAAACUUUUCUUCCUGCACCUCGGACGUAUAGAUGCUUUGAAGCGGUUGCUUGUCGUCUCACCGCCACCGCACGCACCAACGCAGACCUGUGACUUCACCGAACAGAAAGCGAUUACACGUGCUUGGUCUCUGGCGACUGCGUACCUCACUUGGUCAGUACGCCCGGAUCUCAGCGCCAGUACCAUCGAAGCAACGCUCCACCCACUCGCUGAUCAUCUCACCUGUGACCAGUGCCGAUCAACCCUCCUGGCACGAAUUCGAGAGGUGGUGGUGCAGUGGUCUAUGGUUAAGCGUACUAUAUAAUUGACAUGUUGUCGAGGUCGUUUUUCCCUUCCGUCAUCGUAUCCCUUCAGUCAUCGUAUCCCUUCAAAAUCUCACGGGAAAUCAUCGGAACCCAUCCGAAGUAAUCUGCAUCACUGUCUUCCCUGCGAACGUCCUCCUGUAUUAGUAUUCACGUAUGCCUUGUCCUCCUAUACUGUCGCGGUUGUCAUACGUGAUGACGAAUCUGGUCAUUCACCCUGAAUUACCGGGCAUUGACGCAUUCUCCGCGUAGCGACUGUUUCGUCGGGACCUGCUCCAAUCAUUUUUUCUCCGUUCCGACACUUUGUUUCCUUCUCCGCUGCAUGUUGAAUGCCUGCUGUAUUUCUUCCGAUGCUGGGCUUCACGGUUUCUUUAUUCAUCUUUCUCUGUACUCCUUCAUCAAGUCAAACCAACACACUGUACUAGCCAUACACGCAUGCACUUACCACUUUUUUUAUUCGUUUUCUUUCAACAUGCAUUCAAUUCAUCCGAGUACAAUCUCCCCGUACUCUUUUGAUAGAUAACCAAUGACUAUUGCAGAUUAGUCUUCUGUAUCAAUGUAUAUUCUUGGGCUUGGCUUCCCUGUCUCCUCAUUUGCUGCCAUUAAUACCCCUUUGCUCCGUUUCCUACCCAAUCGUUCAAUCGCUUCAUUCC